AUGUUCAGUUCAAAGAAAUCUCCUUUGAGAGCUGGUAAACCUAACUCUGUUAGUUCGGUAAAUGAUGUUAAACCCUGGUCCAACCCGUUUGAUUCUGAUGAUGGUGAUGAAAAGGAUAACAAAAAGUAUAUUUCUUCCUCGAAGAAGGCUUCUUCGGAACGUGCACUAGCUACGCACAAAGUUAACACCAACCCGUUUGACGAUAUUGAUGACAAUAAGACACCUUCAUCGAUUACGUAUACCCAUCAAUCAGCCGACCGGAACAGGUUCAAGAAUAGUUUUCAUGAUUCUGGGGAUGAUGAUGAAAAGGAUAACAAAAAGUAUAAUUCCUCAAAGAAGAAUUCUUCAGAACGCGCACUAGUUACGCUGGAAGUUAAUACUAACCCAUUUGACAACAUUGAUGACAAUAAGAAACCUUCAUCGUAUACGUAUGCCCAUCAAUCAGUAGACAGGAACAGGUUUAAGAAUAACUUUCGCGAUUCUGGUGGAUUAGAGAAUCAGUCCGUGCAGGAGUUGGAGAGUUAUGCUGUUUACAAGGCUGAGGAGACUACAAAAUCGGUCCACAAUUGUUUGAAGAUAGCAGAAAACAUUAGAGAGGAUGCUACCAAGACUUUAGUCACCCUUCAUCACCAGGGUGAGCAAAUUACCAGGAGUCAUCAAGUCGCUGCUGAUAUUGAUCGAGAUUUAAGUCGGGGAGAAAAGCUUUUAGGAAGUCUUGGUGGCCUCUUCUCCAAAACUUGGAAAGCAAAGAAGACACGUACAAUAACAGGCCCUGUUAUUUUUCGAGAUGAUCCGGUUAGAAGAAAGGGAAACCACUUGGAACAAAGAGAGAACUUGGGAUUGACUUCUGCAUCCAAAGAGAAGUCUAAGCUGCGGACUCCUCCUCAGGAACCAACAGCUGCACUUGAGAAAGUCGAGUUUGAAAAGGGGAAGCAAGAUGAUGCACUGUCGAAUUUAAGUGAUCUCUUGGGGGAGCUUAAAGAUAUUGCUGUUGACAUGGGAUCUGAAAUUGAGAGACAUAACAAAGCCUUGAGUCAUCUAGAUGAUGAUGUGGAUGAGUUGAAUUUCCGAGUGAAAGGAGCUAAUCAACGCGGCCGUCGUUUACUUGGAAAAUAA